AAGUAUGUUGGUGUACCUGCAAAUGUUUCGGUCUUUCCGGUUUGUCGUGCGCGUAUGUUGAUAUCUUUCUGAAGGCCGGCGACCAUGGCGGAGGUGGAGACGUUCGAGGAGGAGAUGGCGGUGGUGGAGGCGGAGCCCACGGUGGCCCUGGCGCAGCCCGCAGAGCUGCCGGAGAUCAAGCUGUUCGGCCGCUGGAGCUGCGACGACGUGCAGGUGUCGGACAUGUCCCUGCAGGACUACAUCGCGGUGAAGGAGAAGAACGCCAAGUACCUGCCCCACUCGGCGGGACGCUACGCGGCCAAGCGCUUCCGCAAGGCGCAGUGCCCCAUCGUGGAGCGGCUCACCAACUCCCUGAUGAUGCACGGCCGGAACAACGGCAAGAAGCUGAUGGCGGUCCGCAUCGUGAAGCACGCCUUCGAGAUCAUCCACCUGCUCACCGGCGAGAACCCGCUCCAGGUGCUGGUGUCGGCCAUCAUCAACUCGGGGCCCAGGGAGGACUCCACGCGUAUCGGGCGCGCGGGCACCGUUAGGAGGCAGGCCGUCGACGUGUCGCCGCUGAGGCGUGUCAACCAGGCGAUAUGGCUGCUGUGCACCGGGGCGCGCGAGGCUGCGUUCCGCAACAUCAAGACCAUCGCGGAGUGCGUCGCCGACGAGCUCAUCAAUGCUGCGAAGGGUUCGUCCAACUCGUAUGCUAUUAAGAAGAAGGACGAACUGGAGCGAGUGGCCAAGUCGAACCGUUAAAAGUUGGUUUAUUUCACCUGUAAUCUGUGACUCUGUCAUUAAAAGUUUGUAAAAGCUA